AUGGCUACAUCACUUCACCCCUUGGUAGUGAUAUGCGGCGCAACCGGUGUCGGAAAAUCGAAGCUAGGGGUUCAACUUGCCCUUGGAUUGACCAACCAAGGCCACAAUAGAUGGCGGGGUGCAAGGAUCAUCAGUGCGGACUCCAUGCAAGUAUACAAGGGUAUGAAUGUGGUCACCAACAAGAUUUCCCCAGCGGAACAGAUGGGCAUCGACCAUUUACUCAUGGACUUUAAACGACCUGAGGAACAAUACCUCGUCGGGCAGUGGGUGCAUGACGCCAUGCAAGCGAUCAAAGAGACCCACAACCGCAACGAGAUACCCAUCGUCGUUGGUGGGUCAUCCUGGAUCCAAUAUUUACUAUUCCAAAACCGACUUGCUGGAGAUCGCCCACCUAAUCUAUUCAAGGCACAACAUCCUGCGACGUUCCCUGAACACGUGGCAUCGGUAGCCGGCCAGCCCGGCGCGGCUUUGUUACUCUACAAGUUUCUCCAGCUGCUUGAUGAGUUACUAGCUGCUAGAUGGCACUGGAGAGAUACUCCAAGAGUCCUCAGAUCUCUACAGAUUAUCAAGGAGCAGCGACGAAUUCUGAGUGAAUUUAUCAAUGAACACGCCCCUACCCCUCCCAUUCUUCGGUACCCCACACUUUGCUUUUGGUUGCAUGCGGAGCAAUCAGUGCUGGACCGGCGGCUGGACGAGCGCGUUGAUGACAUGAUAAAGAAUGGCCUCGUACAAGAAAUCCGAGAAUUGUAUGAAUAUUCUCGCUCGUUCACCGACCGUGACUCUAGCCGCAACGAACACGGCAGAAGCGAAAUUGCCGCUGACUUCACAGUUGGUCUUUUCCAAUGCAUUGGGUACAGAGAGUUCUACGACUACAUUGUAGACCCAAACCCUUCGCAAAGGAAAUUCGCCCGCGCUGUAGAACAAAUGAAACAGUCUACACGCCAAUAUGCUAGGAACCAAGUCGUUUUGUCUCGGGACAGAGUUUUAUCUCCCAUACAUACCUUGGCAGAAGAAUCCAGAGGCAGGCCAUCGAUGGCAGCGUUGCAUUCCCUUGAUACAACAGGCAGGUUGGCGACUGCUGUCAAGGAGCACACUUUUAACGUCUGGCCCUUAGCACCUGGACCGUGGGCUUCUAAUGUAUUUCAGCCCGCCCAAAUGAUCAUGAAUGAGUUCUUAAAACCAGGAGAAACACAGGCUUUGUUAGUCAAUGUGAACAAAGGAUCGAGAUUUGGUUUCACAGUCCCUCGGCAGUUUUUGAAGCUAGGCGAAAUGUCUUACGCCUUGAUGCUCACAAAGAUCAUCCGCGGGAGCCCUGUGGGGGGCUCACCAGAGGACUGGACUGCACCGACAUCUAGCAUCUGGGAGUGGGGCGGGGGUAGCCCCAGUGGUGGCUGA